AUGGAGCUAGUCGAAAAGCAAGACGCCAUGAUGGAAUGCCUUCAGGAAAAGCUGGAUAUUUCUAACGAAGAGAUUCGAUUAUUUCGAGAAGCAGAUCAAAAGAAGCGUUCUUCCGAAAACGAGUCGCUGGCGAUUGUUGCUGCCGCAGAGCAGAAAAUAGCUGCUGCUGCGGCCGCAGUAGAAUUACUGCAAACCCGAAACGAGAAGUUGGAAGCUGAGCUUGAAGAGUUGAAGAGGAAGGCUGACGAGGCGAAACCAGUGGCGUCCGUCAUUCAACUUCGCAACCGGGUCAAAGAGCUAGAAUUCGAUCUAACUCGUGAGCAGCGAAAUGUGAGUAAUCUACAAAAUGAUGUCGAUUAUCAUAAAGGCAGAGUGGAACAGCUUCAAAGCGAAUUGGAUGCCUGCAAUGCCAAAAAUAUAAGUGUAACUUCAUCACUGGCAAUGAAAUUGGAGGAUAAUGUGAAGAAGUUAGCUGAUUUGAAGAUCCGUUAUCAAUCUAUCGUGAAUGAGCGUGAUAGCAUCACUUCUGAGAUGGAAGGAGAGCUCGAAGUGCUUAUGCAAAGAUCCGCACACCUACAAGCCCACUGCGAAAGGCUAUCGUCCGAAAUGAUGAAGUUAAGAAAGGAGUGCAAGGUUGCUGAGUGUCGUAUAGCAGCCCUUGUGGAGGAGAACGCUAUGUCAGAGGAAAGGACUGGGCACAAGGAGUACGUUUUUCGAAUGAAGAUGGAGGAGAACCGACUGCUGAAAGACCAAAGCCAUUUGAUCGCUGCCCUUCGAGAGGAGGGUAAACUACUUUUGGAGCAACUAGAGUCUGAGAGAAAGGAAUACAGGUGUGGUGUCGUAUAA